UCGUUAUCGCGUUGCGCGAGUCGAAUCAGCGCUCGUGAACUCGCAGAUGAGUGACACGGCAGCGCGAGAGGUGCUAACGCGAACCCGCGAGUGAAAUAACUCCCGAAACUGCGGGAAAUCAUCGUCGAAUCAGCGAUAAACGGCCCGGUCGCGACGAGAUCAGCAGACAUGAAGGAAGACGCCUUCUCUCGGGAUUUAGGAUAGGACACAGUAUCACACACGCACACAUAAUAACACACUGUUUCCACACAUGAGAGAUGAUGAUGAGACCCUGACUCACACACACUCAUCUGCGGCUGUUUCCUCACUCUGAUGAAGAAGAUGAUGCUGGUGAUGAAGGCGAGACACUGACACAUACACACACACACACACACACAGGUAUCAUGGGCUCGUCUCUCAGCGAGCCCUGCAUCUAUGACAAGCUGUCGGAGAGCAUCGACAUCCUCCGUCAGUCAGGAUACAGGUAUGGGAUGAGCGAGAGUGAGAUCGAGAAGUUCAUCAAGCAGGUGCUGGAGACUAACGAGCCGCGCAGGGAGCCCCCACAGUUCCCCAUCCUGAGGGCCACGGUCAAGCUGGUGCUGGCGCUGGGGCUUCUGCUGAUGGUGGUGCUGGUGUUCACGUAUCCUCACAGAGCACCGCUGCUGGACUCCUCGAGCGCAGCCGGACUCAACAGAUCAUCCCCGCUCAGUCACGCACGGCUGCUGGAGCUGCCCAUCGCCAACAAAUACAACCUGCACGGGUUCCACGAGUGGUGGGCGUCCGGUGCGCUGCAGACGCCGUGGGGGAACUGCUCGGCCUGCGCAGACGUGACUGUGGUGCUGGAGCUGACAGCGUCUGCGGGGAUCAUCAGACACACACAGCCACUGCUGCUCAAGGGCGGAGAGUCUCUGUCUCACCGUGUGUCUCAUCUGGAGCAGUUCUCUCAGCCGCAGAUGCUCACACAAACGCCGGCCAACUUCACCCUGCUCUGGAGUUUCUCAUCCAGUCCCAGAGAGACGCUUCUCCGCUGGCUGUUUCCUGACACUGAGCUCUGCCCUCUGCUGGAGAACACAGGGACAACACUGCAGCGCUGCCAGCUGAGCGACAGCACCAGCACACAGCACACGGCGGUGCAGGUGUGGGGUUGGCUGGUGGUGGCUGAAGGUUCUCCGUGGGUUCGUGUUGUUCCCGUCCAGCGAUGCCAAACCCUUUGCCGCUCCUUCAGUCUGUGGCUGGAGCCGGGAGACAUGGUGUUGGCGGAUCCACGCUUCUGGUUGCUGGAGCUCUCCCCAUCUGGAGCUCAGAGAGUGCUGUGUGACGGCCCUGUGCUCUGAGACUCUGAUCACAUCCGUCUGGACGCCUCUCCAGGAAGUGACAUCAGCACUCAGACUCUCUUUCCUCAAGACGCUGGGGUUUCUGGGAUCUUUGGCUCCGGGGACGUUCUCUGAUCCUCUGGAACACGUUCAGAGAAACUGUAUUGUGUUGAAAGAAAAUCAACCCUAUUUUAGUACAUUUUGACAGUCUUUUUGUGACCUUUUGAGUGCAUUCCGUCUACAAAUUACUGGGAUGCAAAAAAAAAAAACUACUAAAAAUCUCAUUACUGUGUACAAAUAAAUUCUCAUUACCGUUACAAUACAAUUAAUGUUAAUAUAUAAAAUCAACUGUAAAUUAUUUUAAUAUAUUUGCUGUACCGACUCAAUUUAGAUAAGAAUACUAUUUCUGUGAUACAGUGCUUAGAACAAGAUUUUUGGGGCGGAAAACAUUUUUGUUAUGGUAAAAAAACAAAAAGUUUAAUGGUAAUGAGCAUAAAUAUAACUAAUAUAAUGAGAAGGAGAUAUAUUUAUUAUUAUAAUUUAAUUCUGUUAUUUUCCAAACAUUCUCCCAUGUUAUGGUAAAUCUUUCUGUUGGUGUAUUUUUUCAUUAUGGUAAUGAUAAUUAUUUUUUUCAAAAUCUUUAUUUUUUGGUGAAGGUAAUGAGAACGAUCAUAUUUUUUUUAAUUGUGGCUAUGAGAACAAGGUUUUUUGUGUAUUAUGGUAAUGAGAAUGAUUUAUUUUUGUGUAUGACGGAAAUGACAUUUAGAAUAUUUUGUAAUAUUAUGGUAACAAGAACUAAUCAGGAGAAUCUAAGUUAAAUAAAAUAAUAAAAUACGGUAAUGACAGUGAAUAUUUUUUAGUGCUGUCAAACGAUUAAUCACGAUUAAUUGCAUCCAAAAUAAAAGAUUUUGUUUACAUAUGUAUGUGUACUGUGUAUAUUUAUUAUGUGUAUAUAUAUAUACACACACGUGCAUGUAUAUAUUCCUGAAAAAUGUUAUGUUUAUAUAUUAAAUAUAUUUAUAAUACAAAUUGUGUUAAUAUAAAAAUAGACAUGGAAAUACAUGGAUAUAUUUUCAAAAUAUAUACUAUAUGUGUGUGUAUUUAUAUAUACAUAAUAGAUAUACACAUCACACAUACAAUACAAAUAAAAACUUUUAUUUUGUAGGCUAUGCGAUUAAUCGCAAUUAAUCGUUUGACAGAAAUAUUUUUGCAUCACAGUAACACGAGUGUGUCGGAAAAUGCGUUUUAUUGUCACGAAUGUAAUGUCAGUGUUGAAAUGUGAGCCGCGCAUGUUCCGCGAUCAGCCAAUCGGAGCACUUUAAAUGUUGGUCGUCAGCGGAUGAUGUCACGCUGGCCGAGCGAUGACGUCACCGCUGUCAGGUUUAAUAUAGCUACGUUUUUGUUUUUUCAAGUCCUCUGGAGUUUAAUCAUCGUAAACAAUGAGAAUAAGAUGCAGAUGACGUGAUUUACUAAUCUGAUUCAGAGAUUAAUGUCGAUUGUGAUUUACACAGUAAACAGAAGCUGCUGUUCGUAAA